AUUACUACGAACUGACUACGGCAGCCCGUUGGGAUUUUUAGCCGCAGAGCAGGCGCAGAGCAUGGUGCCAGACUCUACCAAUCGCUUAUCGAGGCAAAACGACCUGCUGUGUUGUCAGUGACAUAGUCACCAUGAGACUGACCGGGCUGCAGAGGGGGGCACAGCUUUUACGGGUUAUAGCGGUGAGACACUACGGGAUUUAUAUAGGAACAGCUCUAUGGCUGCUGUAUACCAUUCUGCCCAUAGUGUCACCUUGUCAUAAUGGCACACACACAGUUAAUUCCAUUACACUGAGCAAGCAUAUCAUUACCAUUAACACUACCAUGUCUCCACUGUAAAUACAUUGAGCAAGCAUAUCAUUACCAUUAACACUACCAUGUCUCCACUGUAAAUACAUUGAGCAAGCAUAUCAUUACCAUUAACACUUACCAUGUCUCCACUGUAAAUACAUUGAGCAAGCAUAUCAUUACCAUUAACACUACCAUGUCUCCACUGUAAAUACAUUGAGCAAGCAUAUCAUUGCCAUUAACACUACCAUGUCUCCACUGUAAAUACAUUGAGCAAGCAUAUCAUUACUAUUAACACUUACCAUGUCUCCACUGUAAAUACAUCGAGCAAGCAUUCAUUGCCAUUAACACUACCAUGUCUCCACUGUAAAUACAUUGAGCAAGCAUAUCAUUGCCAUUAACACUACCAUACCUCCACUAUAAAUACAUUGAGCAAGCAUAUCAUUGCCAUUAACACUACCAUGUCUCCACUGUAAAUACUUUGAGCAAGCAUAUCAUUACCAUUAACACUACCAUGUCUCCACUGUAAAUACAUUGAGCAAGCAUAUCAUUACCAUUAACACUACCAUGUCUCCACUGUAAAUACAUUGAGCAAGCAUAUCAUUACCAUUAACACUACCAUGUCUCCACUGUAAAUACAUUGAGCAAGCAUAUCAUUACCAUUAACACUACCAUGUCUCCACUGUAAGCCCUUCCUCUCUAGAUAGUUGUUAUAUUAUGUUUUACUGGACACAUACUAAUUUUACAAUUACAUUAUUAUAGUAGUAGUAGUAGUAGUAGCAGUGUGUGAAUAGUGCUAUCCUUCAAUUUAUAGAACACAUAUGCUGCAUGAUGGAAAUUAAAUCAUGCAUUAUUUGCAUGUUGCAUACUAAAGGUUAACGUUCAGAAGUUAAGGGGGGUGGGGGAGUUAACCCUUAAAACUAGCUGAAGUGGUUUGGGGUAUGCUGUAAAUCACUUAUUUUCUGUUAAACUAGGGUCAUUUGCUCAGACAGUUUUGUAAGUCCCUGAAAAGUUUCAAAUUUAGAGCUCCUACUGUAAGGCUGUCUCAUUGUGUGCAGGGCUAGGGGUAUUCUGUAUAGUUUUUGUGCUUUGGGACAUUAGUUACUGAACUGCAAUUAUAUCUUUCUUUACACAUCCUCUUCCUUUAACACACAUCCACAGCUGGAAAACCUACCUGGCAGCUCUUAUAGCAGGCUUCCCCAAAAUCCGGCCCCCCAGAUGUUGCUGAACUACAACUCCCAUGAUUCUACAAAUGAAAUGGGCUAAGAAUCAUGGGAGUUGUAGUUCAGCAACAUCUUGAGGGCCAGAGUUUAGGGAAGCCUGUCUUAUAGCGUAUUUAAAAUACACACAGGUAGUCGAUCAACUACAUUCAAUGGUAAACGCACAGGCAACUGGGUUAUUAACAAAAGUAAGAAAUGUGUGGAAUUCAAAGUGAAUUUUAAAUUUAAGACCAAAAUAGUUGAACUGGAAAAAUUAUUUAAGAUAGGUAUGCUUCCAGUUCAGCUACGUUGGUCUUAAAGGAACACUGUAGGCACCCAAACCACUUCAGCUUAAUGAAUUAAUAUGUUUACCUAUAGGUUAAUCCAGCCUCUAGUGGCUGUCUGAAUGACAGCCGCUAGAGGCGCUUCCGCGCUUCUCACUGUUAUAAGAUGCCAGCGUCCAUAGGAAAGCAUUUAGAAUGCUUUCCUAUGGACUGGCUGAAUGCGCGUGUGCGCAUUCAGCCGAUGACGACUGAAGGAGGAGGAGAGUCCCCAGUGCCGAGGGAGCCCGGCGCUGUAAAAAAGGUAAGGGAUUAACCCCUUCCUCCCCCUUCAGUGCCACGGGAGUGGGACCCUGAGGGUGGGGGCAGCAUCAGGGCACUAUAGUGCCAGGAAAACGAGUAUGUUUUCUUGACACUAUAGUGGUCCUUUAAAUUUUGAAUUCAACUUUUAUUACCUGACAAUUUUGAAAAUGUUGAUUUACAGAAAGUUAUCACUUUGUGUGGAAUAGAAAGAGUGUGAACAUUUCUGCAGAACCUAAUCAGCUCGCUUGUCUGGCAGUAUCUGUAUUGUGUUUGUAAGCCAUUAAAUGAAUCCAUUUAUUUUCUAGUUACAUGAAUGUCGUACCUCUUACCGAGCAUUAAGCAGUUUACCUGAUGACCGGAAGACACUCCUUCAGAAUGGCCCAGAAUUUAAGGAUUUCUUAUCAGGCGACUUGGAUGACAAAACUAAAUGGGCUGAAUAUAAGGGUGACCUAAAGAGAGAGAAAGGAGCACGGUAACUGAUCAUUUUAUUUUUGUGUUGGUUCUUUUACCUCUUUAUAAGGUUUUCCUGAGUGAAAUGCAGAGCUGAUAAUUGGCCCACUAGCACCCUGUCCCAAAACCAAAACAGACAUUAGCCAUUACUACCAUUAGGCAUGACAUGCUAUGCCUUCAUUAAACUUAAUUUGCUUCAUUUGCAGAUUGAUUUAAUGUCCUUUCAUACAGCUCACCUAAUUUUUUUAUAGUGCUGAUCAACUUAUCCCAAAUGUUUCUAAAAGUGUAGUUCAGUUACAUAGAUAGAAACACAGAAUGUGAUGGCAGAUAAGAACCAUUUGGCCCAUCUAGUCUGCCCAAUUUUCUAAAUACUUUCAUUAGUCCUUGGCCUUAUCUUAUAGUUAGGAUAGCCUUAUGCUUAAACUCCUUCACUGUGUUAACCUCUACCAACAUAGCAGGAAGGCUAUUCCAUGCACCCACUACCCUCUUAGUAAAGUAAUACUUCCAGAUAUUAGUUUAAACCUUUGCCUAUGACUAUGUCCUCUUGUUGUGGUAGUUUAUCUUCUUUUAAAUAUAGUCUCCUCCUUUACUGUGUUGAUUCUAUUUAUGUAUUUAAAUGUUUCCAUCACACCCCCCCAUCUUGUCUUUCCUCCAAGCUAUACAUGUUAAGAUCCUUUAACCUUUCCUUGUCGGUUUUAUCCUGCAAUCCAUGAACCAGUUUAGUAGUGCUUCUCUGAACUCUCUCUAAGGUAUCAAUAUCCUUCUGAAGAUACGGUCUCCAGUACUGUGUACAAUACUCCAAGUGAGGUCUCACCAGUGUUCUGUACAAUGGCAUGAGCACUUCCCUCUUUCUACUGCUAAUACCUCUCCCUAUACAACCAAGCAUUCUGCUAGCAUUUCCUGCUGCUCUAUUACAUUGUCUGCCUACCUUUAAGUAAUCUGAAAUAAUCACCCCUAAAUCCUUUUCCUCAGAUGUUGAGGUUAGGAUUAUUUCAAAUAUUCUGUACUCUGCCCUUGGGUUUUUGUGUCCAGGAUGCAUUAUCUUGCACUUAUGCAAAUUAAAUCUCAGUUGCCACUGCAAUUGUCAGCUAUAAAGUCAUGACCUCCUCUAAAUCAGCAUUUUGGAGAAAUAAAAUAGAAUACUUGCAGAUUCGGAGUGAGGGGUAAUAAGCGUGGGCUUAUAGCGCAAAACAAAUUAUUAUUUCUUUAAACACCCUUCACAUCAUAAACUGCAUGCUAACCUGCAUACUGCACAGAACAUUUGUGAGUGCCUGGCUUAUUUAAAACUACAGAUGUUUUAUUGCAGCCUACAAAACGGCGAGAUAAUUCCUUGUUAUAUAUAGCAGUCUAAAUUUAUGUAAUCCAUAAAACUGGCCCUUUAUAGCUUAGUAUGUUCAAAAUAACACUGCUUUUUUUUUUUAAUUACUCUUCCAUAGAUUAAGGCUUCCUCCGUGGGUAAAAACAGAAAUUCCAAUGGGUAAAAACUACAAUAAACUGAAAAACACACUGAGGAGCCUAAACCUUCACACUGUGAGUAUACGAAUCAAUAAUGUAAUAUAUGAAACCUGAUCUCCAAUGCUACAUAAAAAAAUCCUGCUCUGUCACCCAACCAAACAAAAAUGAGUAUUUUAUAAAGAUCUGUGAUAAAACUCAGGAAAUCCUUACACAGAAAUUCCAACGCAGUCAAAAGAUAUUCUAAGACAAAGUAGGGACUUGUUAACUUAUAUAUUAUUUAAGGCAGAGCUACCUAAAUCAAGUUUUGACAAUCCCCCACGCAACAAUAGUGACUGCUGUGGGAAAAAUACAUUGUCUUGCUGAUCACAAGACAAUGUCUAUGGAGGCUCCCACAGACAUUAGGAAGUGCAGAUCACAAGGACCUUUCUUGCUGCUCAUAAUUAUUCUCUUAUUACUUCAUUUUAUCAGUAAAUGAAGGAUCUUCAUGAGGGAAAAAACCACACACCUUGAAUGUUAUGCGCCAUUGUACCCUGCAUGUGCCUGUUUUUUAACUAAAGCAGGUCCAAGCAUCUGAAAUAAGGUUUUACUUGUGUCUGUUGCUAUAGUAACUAAGCAUAAAAGUCUAGGGAAAUUAAAAAUACGUUUGCACACCCAGAAGGAACAGAGACUCGGAGUGCCCACGACUCUGCAUAUAACCCCACACAAUGAAGGGUCACUAAACAUGAUAAAUGUACCUCUACCCUCACCUGACUCCCCACCCCCCCUUUCUGUUUUCUGUACCCACUUCCCCCGACCCCCAAGUUUCUCCCGAAUUGGGUUUUACAAAUCGUUGUUAAGCAUUACCCAGGAAAACUGAUGUAAACCAGGUAGCUACGAUAGCUCGACAGAUAAGAUAGUACCUGAAUUGUUAUUGCUAUUACUGUUACAUAAUGUUAUAUGUAAAACCAAUGUUUCAUCCCAAACUCCUCUUUCUGUAACCCCCUCCCACAUUUUCUAAAAAACAAAAACCAAUAAAAUAAAGAAUUAAAAAAAAAAAAAAGUCUUGGGGAAGAGUGCUGCUAGUAGAGAGAUCUUAUGGCUGUCAGCUUCACAAUAGUGUCAAAGCAAUGCUGGAGGCUGAGAGAUGGAAAUUUGACAUUUAGCUGGACCACAUGAGUCUUAUUUCUGAACUUCAGCAUGCCAUACACAGGCUUAAUUUGUAACCGAGCAUUGUGCUGCAGACCAACUUUCCAUCCUCAUUUGUGUUAUCUCGCUGCAAAAUGAAAACAUCCUUGACUUUCUUUUAUAUUUUGUUCCUUACUCCUAUAAGUAAAUAAUUAAAAUGCAUACCAUGGAUCUUUUUUCAUAGUGUUAAGGUGCCCGGUUGCCAGAUAAAGAGGUGUGAAUUUCUACAUUUAAUCGUAUUUUUCACAUCUCACAAACACAUAUUUGUUAAAUACAAGUAUAAACAAACAUACUGUUAAUCAUCCUGUGACAGUCCCCCCUUAAAUGUGAAGAUACCUGAGGUUUAUUAACUAGACUGAAAGUUGGUGGAGGAAUGCAAUAUUAACGUCAUAACAGCAGAAUUGUGAAUAAAGGGUUAUUCAUUGAAGUGAGAAUUCAAAAUGAAUUGAGUGAAUUUUAAGUUCAAGGCUAAAAUAACCAAAUUUGAAAACUUCUCUAAGUCAGCUUUGCUUAAAGUUUGACUACUUUGACCUAAAACUAGAAAUUAACUUUGUAACAUUGUGGGAAUGUCCACGUCUCACUAUGUCACUAAAGUCCAUCCUAGAAUGCGGUGCAUACACCAAAAUGCGGUGCAUUCUGCAAUUUAAUAAAGUUAAUUGUGGGAACAAGUAAAUCAGAUAAAUACACCUUUUGCUGGUAAUGAUUAGAUUCAGUGACGUGGAUCUUUGUCAGGGGCUCUGGACGCCUAGUUAGCUAUAUCUCUGCUGCUGCACUUAUACAGCCGCGAUCUCACCAGCGAACCUGCUCCUAUAUCUAGGCAUCCGUUUUUUUUCUUAGUCCUAUACUCUGUCUACUAUUUCUUUAUGGGGGGUUAAGUAAAGCAGUAUAGGCAUUUAUUAAGGGGUGCCCUCGAAGACUCGUUAUCAAAGCCAGCGUUAGGAUUUUUUCAAUUCAUUUUUCAAUUCUCUAUAUGUCUAUCGAUUGCUACCAUAAAUCCUAGCUGUCUACUGCCUCUUAUACCUCCUAAUUCACAGGCAUCCUCUGCCUCUUCACCACUAGUGCAGGAGUUUUGCAACCAUAUGGGUGUGCUGUUUAACCACUUGAGCACGAGAGACAUUUAGGGGCUCAGGACGCCUAGCUAACUAUACCUCUGCUGUUGCACUUACACAGCCGCGAUCUCACCAGCGAACCUGCUCUUAUAUCUAGGCAUCCGUUCUCUUAGUCCUAUAUUCUGUCUACUAUUUCUCUAUGGGGGGUUUAAGUGAAGCAGUAUAGGCAUUUAUUAAGGGGUGCCCUCGAAGGCACUUAGACUCUUUAUCAAAGCCAGCGUUAGGAUUUUUCAAUUAUCUAUAUUCCUAUCAAUUGCUACCACAAAUCCUAGCUGUUCACUGCCUCUUAUACCUCCUAAUUCAUAGGCAUUCUCUGUCUCUUCACCACUAGUGCAGCAUUUCCCAACCAUAUUGGUGUGCUGUUGAACUAUUUGAGCACAAGAGACAAUUUCUUCCAUAUCCAGCAGACUCUGUCCUGCAGGGGGAGUCUAGAGGAUACAAGCACUGUACACUCUCCUCUAUCAUUUAAGCCACACUGUUUAUAGCAAGUGUUACAUUUCUAUACUACUAAGUAUCUUAUCUCUUUUUAUUGAUACUUUCCUUGCUAUUUCCCCUAUUGGAGGGUACAGUGCCUUAGCCAGUCUAUAGGACAUUGAUUUAGCCUUGUGCUUUUUGUUCUGUUUUUAUCUUUUAUACUUCUUCAUUUUAGGAUAUUCAUUAAAAGUUAUAUUUUAACGCUUAUUUCAGUAGUGACAAUACCUAUCAUGUUGUUGAGACACUUAAUGGUAGUUCUGUUCUUUUUUCUUUCUAAGUCUUACAUGGAUAUUUGUCAGCCACACUUGUGCAUGACAUGUCAAAAAUCGAAAGGUUACUAAUAAGUCAUUAUAGCUUUAAUGGAUGCAGCUUUUACCAUGUAAAUCCUUUCCAGUGUUUGUCUAAUCAAGGCAUUUUUUUUAGAAACUCACCAUUACUGUUUAUAUUUAUAGUAGGUAUUCUGUAUGUUUAAAUUUAUACACAAGCUGUUAAAUGUUUAUUUUUGUUUUAAUACAUUAAGGUGUGUGAAGAAGCACGGUGUCCAAACAUAUCCGAAUGCUGGGGAGGAGGAGAGUACGGCACAGCUACUGCCACUAUUAUGGUGAGAGACUAGAACUACCAUAGAAUCCCACAAUGUUAAUACGUAUCUGUUCGGUGAAUUAAUAGAAUUGAAAUUGUCAUACAUUUCUAGCCACUCGGUAGUUUUUUAAAAAUAAACUCCACAUAUUCAAUGACGCCAAACCUUUUGCACACAUAAUCACUCACAGGUUUUCAGAAUGCUUUCAUGAUCGUGGGUAGGAUGGAACUUCAGGUCAGAUAGUUAGAUUUUUCAUGCUCAAUCACCUUAAUUUAUAGCAUUUUCUUUUUGUUUCAUGCAUAUAAAUCGAUUUUUAUUAAUUACUGAAAAAAUGCAUUGGAGAAGGAGAGUAAUAUGUAUAUGAGGGUAGGAAAGCAGUGGUAAAUGUAAGAAACAGGAUAGCAGAGGUAUUCCAUCUAUGCUUAGAAUAAUAAUUCUAUUCAUAAUUAUUUUUAUUAUUAUUAUCCUAAAGAGGAAAUCGAAUUUACUUCUCCACUUGUGAAUGUCUGUCAGUUACAGUUUCCUCCAGAAACACACAUACAUACUGCAUAAUGAAUCACUACAGUAGACAUGUUGCACAGUGAUGCAAAAUGCAUGCAAUAAAACGGGGUAUUGCUAAUUACUACAAAUCAUUAUUGCAUUGGUAGAGCACGUGGGUGGAUUGUAAUUCCAUUUUUAUUUAUUUAUUUCCCACAGUUAAUGGGCGACACUUGUACCAGAGGCUGCCGCUUCUGUUCUGUUAAAACUGCAAGAAAGCCUCCUGCUUUAGACCCGGACGAGCCAUACAACACAGCCAAAGCCAUAGCGGAGUGGGGAUUGGAUUACGUGGUGCUCACUUCAGUGGACAGAGAUGGUUGGUAUACACUGCGUGUUACAAGUGGCUACUAUGCAUGUAGUCUUCAAUGUUAUUCUUUGUUUUAACAGGGAGAUAUUGUUUGAAUUUAUUAAGAAGGAGAAUGUAUUUGUAAACCUAAUGCCUAUGCUAAGAUUCACUUAUUGUGGUAAAGUAGUUAAUCAUUUUAGGAGCUGUGGCCUUGCUCUAUAAGAUGAAGUUCUAUUUGUAAGUAUGCAUUUGAAGUGGUAUUUGUAUAUUUUAAAAGGGAAGUGGGAAAUAUAAAGUCUCUAUUUUUUUGUUGUAUGUUUGUUCCUUAUUGAAUUAUUUCUCAGAGAAGAGCCUUGGGUUGGAUGCAAGGCUGUAUGUCUACUAUGCACACAAUUUGAAAUCGGAUACAGAAUUGAAUUUAGUUUUCUUAUCCUGGCUAGAUCCUACUGAAACCCUUUCUUACCUGUGGUUGUUUUCAUGCAGAAGGACAUUUGGAGUUACCCCCAUCCCCCCUGUUCAGUUUACAUAGAAGUGUUUGGGAUGUCAGCCAUCCUUUAUUAUUUUGCUAAUGUGCAUGAGAAAGCUUACAUGUUGGAGUGGUUUGCUAUAGACAAACAGUUACAACUUUCUCCAAAGUAUAAUGUGUAGAUGCAAAAGAGUAGGAAAAAAAAAACAUGUCUAAUAUAUGUAUUCUGUAAUAAAUGUAUGAUUUUUUAAAAUUUAUUUUUUUCAUAAAGAAGUUGAUAUAAUUUAAUAACCUGCAGGUUAUUAAGUCACUUUGGCGAGAUGGGGAGGGGGACGUAAUGACUCUAUAUAAUGUUUUCCAGCAUAGUAUUUGCUUUAUUUUCUUAACAAUACUCCAUAACCCCUAUCAGACAAUACAUCUUUAUACAUUUACCCCUAUAAAUGAAAUCAUCUUUUCCCAGGAGUUUAAAAUAGCUAUUGCUACAUAAGCUCAUUUAGUUUUCUGACUUUAAGGAUGGCAAUCAGAUGUUUUGGAACUUGGUGGUUUUGUGGUGAGAGGCUGAUACACAAUUUAAAUUCUAUUUAUUUAUAUACAGGGUUAUUCACUAAAGUGAGAAUUCAGGAUGAAUUUCAAAUUUAAAGUCAACAUAGCUGAACUAGAAAAAUUCUCUAAGUCAGCUAUGCUUUGAGUUCAGCUACUUUGGCCUUAAAUGUAAAAUUCUCUUUGAAUUCUCUCUUUAGUAAAUAACACUGACAGUUCCAACAUAUUCCACAGCGCUGUAAAACCAGGUAAAACAAGACAAACAAGUCAUUCUAACAGAACACGUAAGACUUGCAGUGAUGGGUGAAGAUUGGCCUGCCCAAAUGAGCUUACAAUCAAGACAUGCAGCCUAAUUAAACGUCUUCAAUGCACAGUAGUCCUUUGUGUACUGUUUUUAAUCUUGUAGAUAGUGGACUCUAAAACUGUUUAAUUUUUCCCCUUUUUGUCUACCUCAGACAUUGCGGACGGAGGAGCUGAACACUUCGCCAAAACGGUGUCUCUAUUAAAGGAGAGGUAAUACUGGUGUAUUGUGGCAAUUUUCCAGGACCAAGCGCACUUUGAAAACCAGCUUGCUGGCAGAUAUAAACAUAUACAGGGCUUCAAAAUGUGGGGGAGAAUGAGGCAACCACUGUUGUGACCAAUUGUGGGACCUUUAUAUGUCACAUGCUCUAAAAGGAAUAGACUAGUAAACAAUAAUAUUCUUACUUAGCGGUAGAGACUGGGGAUAAUGGGUUGGCACAAUAAUAGGUGGGUAUAGAAUUAGUUGCAGUCUGGGAUACAAGGGCAGGAUUAGCACAAAACAUAGAAGAUAGGUUUGAAUUGGCUGUGAAAGAGUAGGUAUACUUGUAGUUUGGCAUUUUAGGGAAUGCCUCUUUAGGAUAGCACCCAAUGAAUUACUGUUUUCAUGAUUCUCUCUGUGCAUUAUGUAUGGUAUUAAAGGUGUAGGUGCAGACAUGCUAAGGUAGUAAGGGAGAUAAAAAGAUGGAGCUGACUUAAAGGUGAUUUAAGGGGUGUACUGACUUAAGUGAAAAAGAUGGUGGUUGAGAACUUGCAUUAGUGAUGGGUAAAAGGAAAAUAGCAUCAGAUGAGUGCAGAUAGAUUCGAACUGGUGUGAAUCAACAAUUUAUACCAAGGGUAGACACCCUUCGACACUCCACAACAUCUGGAGUUUUGACGGUGGCCUACUUCUGGUUGAGUGGAAUAAAGGGAGAGUAUAAGAAUAAUUUAGAGUGGUCUAGAGUGAGGGAAGGACUAGAAAAAAUGUCAUGCAGGUUAAGUAAGCCACUAACAUGAAGAGAGUGAUGUAAAAGGUAUUGUAGUGUGAAGAACGAGAGGGAUACAGGGGCCUGACAUGAAAAGAGAGAGGCAUAAUGGGCUUUAAAAUGGACAGGGAGGAGAUUUAGGCUGAUUAAAAGGCUAGGAUUAGAUAAAGGGGGCUGACAUGCAUGGAGUAGGAUGACAUAGAUUGUAGGAAGGACAAGGCUGCAUUAUGUGGAGGGUGAGAAGAUAAGUUGGACUAGCAUAGGGGAACGACAAUUUAAAAAUGGGAAGCACUGAGAAUGGGGUGACUUUGGGGUUCAACUGGGAAAGUGUAAGUUAUUUACAAAUGGAGACUUGUCUAGGUACACACACUGUAUGUAUUGGGAGAUCAGACCCAACCCAACCUUAAUGUAUUCUGAUCAGCUUUCAAAGACUUUUCUUAGGAGAGGGGAAGAGAUAAGAUGUUUAUAGUGCAAAAUGCAGGAGAAGUCGAAUAUAUAUCUAUGCAGCCAAACCCCAAAUAAUAAUUUUGCAAGCAUAUUUUAGGUGUAAGACUUUUCUUUCCCCCAUUGCUUUCUCAGUACCAUUUUGGGGGUCAUCUUAUUCUGUUCCCCCUUAAAGAAACUGUUGAACCAUAUUUUAGCUUUAUGAAAGGUUUUUAUGGUAAAAAUCAUGCUCUUUGAGUCUUACUGCUCAAUUCUCUGCCAUGUAGGAAUUAAAUCAUUUGUUUAUGCAACCCUAGCCACACCUUCCCUAUCUGUGACUUACACAGCCUUCAUAAACACUUUCAGUAAAGAAGGAUAUCAAUUUAAACUUCCUUUUUGCAGUGUGUUAAAUUUAGAAUUUCUCUGUUAAUUGCCCGUUAGAGCAUGCAGGAUCUCAUGUACGUGGUUAAUGUUCAAUCAAUAGAGCAGGAGAAAAGAACUUCUAACGUACAUACACUGUGCUGUAAGAUCUGGUAGAAAAUUAAACCAUUUUUAAAAAAUGUUGGAUGAGUGAGUAACAGGGGAGGUAUGACUAGGGCUGGAAAAAAAAAGGGAAAAAAGGUGAUUUAACUCCUAAACGGCUAAGAAUUGAGCAGUGAGACUGCUGGGGCAUGAUCUAUACUCCAAAAGUGUUUUAUUAAGCUACUGUUGGUUUGCUGCUUAGAGGAUCUAUAUGAGAUAGCUUCUUUUUUUUUUCCCAUUCAUAUGCAAUUUGCAAACCCCUUCAUGUGCCCUUUUUGUUUUUGUUUAUUUACCAAGUUAGAUGUAAGGAACAGUAUGGACUACUUUUUAACUGAGGUCUGUUUUAACAAAUGGGUAUGUGGGCAUGUGACCAGGGAAUGGAAAAGGUUUGCAUUUCUAGGCGCUACCAUUUAGACAUUUUAAGAUGGUGGCAGUGUGAAAAAUCCUGGUGGGACCAGCGCAUCAAGAAAAGGGGUAAGCUGCACCUGUCCUGGGGCCAUAAACAGCUUGGUGGAGGGCUCAGGGUUGAGGGAAUUAAUCAGCAGCAGAGCCACUUGUAUGUAAAGAGGGCCUUUUGUAAAAGAAAGCAUGUAAUUAACCUUGUCAAAAAAGUUUACAAAAGACCUCACAAAAAUGACAAAAUUCUGUGUCAGUCUGCAACAUUGUUUAGUAGUUCUGUGUUUUGUCCCUCUCUUACACAGGAAUUCUAAAAUUCUCGUUGAGUGUCUAACUCCAGAUUUCCGAGGGGACUUAAAAGCAGUGGAGACGGUGGCUGUGUCUGGGCUGGAUGUCUAUGCCCAUAACGUGGAGACUGUGCCAGAAUUGCAGAGGUACUGAAAGUUUAGUUCAUAUCUAGCUCAAUAAUAUCUCCUUCUUUGGUCAGUUGCUGAAAAUAUAUAUUCUAUAGGAAUUGAUAUUUGUUGGCCAUCAGAUAACUUCUACUUAUAUUUUGCAACCCUUCAUACGGUCCUGUAUACUAUAUGAAUACACUGCCAGUGCAACCAUGUGUAAAGAAUUACAAUGCCGCAGUGUCCUACGCAUCAUGGGUUGGUGCAUAGUAAAUACACAUAUUUUUGACACUUUUGUUUUGAAUAAGAUGUGCGAGAUACCCCUACCAAAAUGUACAGCAAGACCUGAACGUCAUGUCAGAUUACUAUGCAAGUCAGAGAUUCUUAAUCUAGUUUGUUAGGGACCAAAGUUAUGCAUGGCAUUAGAAUGCAGAAUCUGUUUUUAACUGAAAAAAUUGCUUAGUGAUCUAUACUGAAACUAUAAUAUAAUCCGAGGAAAGGGUACAACAGUUAUUUUAAUAUUAAAGAUCUUUUUAAAUACCUACACAUUAGAGACUUUGUCUGCUCAGUUGAGGUUUGGAGUGCUGCUUCGUCCCCAAAAGGACUGAUAUUGUGUGUAUAUUAUGCAUUUCUAUACCAUGCUUGUAAAGAAUGAGGAGACCAUACACAGGGAGAGACAUAGGGGGCCCACAGGAGGGAGGGGAGUAAGAGGACCUUUUUGUUUUUACUCCAUGAGUAAAAUAUAUACAAAAUCUACCAUAAUGAUUUACUACUCCAGUGAAACAUCAUUAUAAAAUAUCCAUCAAUUAAUAUUAGCGCCUAGGUGAGCAUCAAGAGACAUACCUCCACAUUUUGACCCAUAAUGGACUAAGCUGCAGAAAUGUCGAGGAAAAAUAUGAAAAAAAAUAUUUCCUCUGGAAAAGCAUUGGAUUGACUUAGAUCACCAAGAUGCCCCAAAAACACAUAACUACAUUUUAGAGUUCAGACUGACUUUUUAAAGAAGAUUCUUCUAUUUAAACAUAUUUGUUAUUUUUUUUUUGUUUCUAAUUCUUUGCCUUGUAUUGUUCACCAUUAAUUUUUACAAAAAAAGAGAGAAGGUGUAAUCCAAAUUGCUACUCUUUUUAGGUUUGUCCGCGACCCACGUGCUAACUUUGAACAGUCUAUCAAUGUCCUGAAACACGCCAAGAAUGUACGUCCUGAUAUUAUAUCCAAAACGUCCAUCAUGCUCGGUUUAGGGGAGACAGACGAACAAGUUUACAACACAAUGACAGGUCGAUAACAUGUAAACCGUGCAAGAUUGCAAUAAACCGUGUGGAAAGGAGCUCUGUCACAAUUAUUGGGGGACAAACAAGUCUUCAUAAUUUUGUGUUUGUGUUUUGCCAGCUUUACGAGGAGCAGGCGUAGACUGCUUGACCCUUGGACAGUACAUGCAGCCAACAAAACGACAUCUUAAGGUAAACAUCCCUCCUUCUAGUUGAAGACUGAGGACUACACACUUGUGGGACUUCCACCAAGUGUGUUUUUGGGGAAAUGAACAUGUAUUUUUAUGGGUUGAUAAUAGAUUGGCUAGUCUGGUAACUGAAAGUUUAAAGGGACAUUAUAGUCACCAAAAUAACUAGCUUAAUGAAGCAGUUUUUGUGUAUAGAUUAUGCCUCUGUAGUUUCACUGCUCAAUUAAUUUAAGAGUUAAAUCGCUUUUGUUUCUGUUUAUGUAGCCCUAGCCACACCUCCCCUGGCUGCGACUCACACAACCUGCAUGAAAACAAAAUGGUUUCAUUUUCAAUCAGAAGUUAACUUUUUAAAAGUUUGUAUCUCCUGCUCUGUAAAUUGAACUUUAAUUACACACAGGAGGAUCUUGCAGGAUUUAGCAAGCUAUUAACAAGGCAGAAGAUAAGAAAUGAUAAAUUAAACAGAAUUUGCAGUAAAGGAAGUAUAAACAUUAGAUAACUCUUAACAGGAAGUGUUUAGGAAGGCUGUCUAAGUCACAUACAGGGAGGUGUGACUAGGGCUUCAUAAACAAAGUUAUUUAACUCUUAAAUGGCAGAGAAUUGAGCAGUGAGACUGCAGGGUCAUGAGCUAUAUACCAGAACUACUUCAUUAAGCUAACGUUGUUUUGGUGACUAUAGUGUCCUUUUAAUGACAGUUUCUAUAUAAUUGUAAUAGCUGUUAACACUCUACAUAAUUGCAGGUUGAAGAGUAUGUUACACCUGAAAAAUUUAAGCACUGGGAAAAAGUGGGCACCGAGUUGGGCUUCUUGUACACGGCCAGUGGACCUCUUGUCCGUUCCUCCUAUAAAGCAGGUAAAGCACUUUUUAUGAGCUGAUUUUGAUAAUUUCUCAAACAAGAUUUAUUGAAAUAGAUGAAGACAUUUGUUAAUUGAUGUAAAAAUUCACAUUAUUGCAUUUUGUAGGUGAAUUCUUUUUGAAGAAUUUGGUGGAGAAAAGAAAAACCAGAGCCAUUUAAAAUAAAAAAUGAUCGAAGAACAGUUUGAUCCUAUGGAAUAAUAUGGUUUUAACAACUCUGCAGGAAAACUGAAAAAUGAUAUACUAAAUGUUAGGACUCUGGUGCUAUUCAGCAUAUCCUGCAGACAGAUAUGUCCCAGGGACCAGGAAAUGAUUUCAUAUAAUGGACACUAAAGCCAAGGCAAUUUGAACUACAGAUACAUGAUUGUCUGAUAAUGGAAGAGAAAAUAAAAGCUGGAAGAAAAGAAUGCAUAUGUUUGUGAGUGUACCACAGGACGUGUGCUCAUAACUAGUUGAAGCGGGUAAAUAUUAAGGGCGACCCUCACAUGGAUGUGCUCAAGAAUCAGAAACUGUAUGUCCUCUCUGCACCUAUUACUGGCGCUGCUCCAUAAGCUAAUUAAACUCUCUGAUACCAAUAUGUUUGUGUCCAAAUAUUGUGUACCAAAAAGAUUUCUAUAUCCCAAACAGAGGCGUACUUGGGUUACAUGGCACCCGGGACAGAUUAUAUAUGUUGGCAUCCCCCUCCUCCCCCCAAGUUUUACACCUUUGUGUUGCUGUGCGCCCACUCAUCCCUUUGUGGGUUUCUCCAAAUCCCGCUUUAAAACAGGUGUAUCCCUUAACUCAUGUUACUACUUGUAUAUAUUUGAAGAACCCCCUCUUAACUCUUGUCUGUUUUUGAAUGCUCUUACCCCUUUCUCCCCUCACAUGCAUUCACAGUGAUAUGCAUAUAUGUCACAUACAAACAUGGGUACAUACACAGACACAUAAUCACAUACACAUAACUUACAUUAUCACACGUUUAUGCACAUAUAAUAGAUAAUAGUCCCUUACAUAUUUUAUAUAUAUAUAUAUAUACACACACAUACACCUUAAAACAGUCACAUACAUGCCCUCAGUUGUUCACACACAUGCAGAUAGUUACCGCUUUCCUUUAUGGGCACUCGGAGAUGGGGGAGGAGGCACUCUCUGAUGUCUAGUGGUUAGUAAAGCAGGGAAUCCAUCCUACUGUCCCCUCAGUAUGCUGUAGUUAAUAGGCAGCAGAUCCAGGUGGCAUUUAGCUCUGUUCAGUGCUGCAACUUGCUCUUUGCAAGACCCAGGUAAGGGGUAACAAAAUCCUCUACCUGGAUACCGUGUGACCUGCAGGAAGGGGGUGCUAGCAUACCUUGUUGGUAGGGAUCCGCCUUGGGUAAAUCUCCCUGAUAUCUGUUACCAGAGGCAGACCCCACCACCACCACCUUGGUAUGCUAUUGAUCAUGACUGUCUGUGUGCAUUCUUUUUGUAUUCAUGUACCAAGCUAGGAUAGAUGGCAAUAAAAAUAGUUAUAAAACAGGGAAUUCCACAUCGUUCCAGUUGCAAAAAAAAGGAUACUCAAACUGUAGCUUGCAUGUCUGAUUGUCACUAUAUUUUGGAUGUUACUUGUCAUAUGUGGCUGAUUGACUUAUCUUUACUAAAUGGGCUCAUGGGAGCCUGAAAUGAUUUUACCACGCUGUGCCUGGAUCUUUUAAUUUUGCGUUUAGAUAUUCUGGCAAUUAAAAUAAGUUGUCCAAUAUAAUAUUAAAAAAUAUAUAAUUAUAUAAACAGCAUAAAAAAAUGUGAAAAGGCAGUUUUUACACGUAAAAUAUGAACACUAACUUUGACCAGGGUUUAUGACUAAGGGGCUACUGAAAAAGUCUGGACAUACCCCAUUUUAAAUACCCUGGGUUUUCUACUAUGCCAUAUUGGGGUUAAUUCUCAUUCCUGGGCUGCCACGAUUUCAGAGGCAACCCUGUAACUUUCCAAAAACCCAUAAACCCUGGAAACGGGUGUACUGUGUACUUGGGAGACAUCCCUGAACACAAAUAUUGUAUUUUAUUGGAAUAAAG